AAUCCCACAUUUUCCCCAGACAUUUAAAAGUCAAAAUCAGGUGUCAUUGGUAGCCCUUUUAAGUAAUCAGUAAUAACAAAUUUUAGAGCCCUGUCAAUUAAACCAUUGUUGUCUUUAACAAAUGUGACCAGUGGGAUUAAAUGGGUUAAAUACAGUAUUCAUUUUGGGUGGUGUUUUGUGAGAUUUUUAUGAUGGAAAAUAAUUUUCCAUUGCAGAAUAAAGGUUAGAUAAUACUACUUAUACAAAGUACACUCAUGAGUCAUAAAGAAAAGUAAGUUGCGUCCAACUCUUCUCCCAUGUGCCUACUUUGAACUUUGAGCACAGACCCUCUAAAAGACUCGAUCCGGACCCCCCAGUGAUUUGACACGAUGGCUCUUUCUGCCACUGAUGUAUUGUGGUAUAUUCGCCAGACUUCGGUGCAGGCACUUCAGUCCCCACUUAGGAACAGUGCGACCAGCCAGAACGGUUGUCUGGACUCUGCCCUGCGGGCGACUGGCGACCAGUCCAGGACGUUGUCCGCCGGGAAUCUGCCGGGAUAGGGUCCAGAGCCCUCAAGAGGACAAACGCUAAAAUGGCAGCGAGACAAAGCAAGGCCACCACACGCAACGCAUAGUUUUAACGUGACGUGUGCCCAUCAAGUCCUCGUUGCCCGUUCCAACGAGUCUUGCGGAGGAUGUGAUGUCGUCACAUCUUAAACGCGUGAAGGGGCAACUUUGCUCUGACGCGUCACUUUGUAGCCCGACGCAAAGACUCUUUGAACUUUGUGAUGAGAAGUUAUUCACCUGGACCAGUUGGGACCACGGCGCGCCCGUGUGAGCGCAGAGCUCCGACCGAACCUAAUUAUCCGACCCAAAGGGAUUAACACCAAGAGCGGCUCGCAACCGGCAGCAGCCACAACGGGGAUGGAGAACAUCGCCGGCAAUAAACCACCGCACACUGGACAGGCUUUAUUCGCAAGGAAGCUUCUGGUGGUUUCAGACGUCCUGUGCCUUUUCCUAGUUUCCAUCCCUUUCUUUUUAAGUGAGCUAAAAGCGGUCAGACCAUACACAAGAGGCUUCAUUUGUGGAGACACCAGCAUCGCCUACCCGUACCUGCAGUCGGAGGUCAUAUCGGACAAACUGCUCAUUGCUGGCGGCAUCCUUAUCACGGGCCUCGGUAUCGCUGUAGGGGAAUGUUACCGCGUGCGCUUCCUUGGCGUCACCUCCAAGGCCUUCCUCAGGAACAAGUAUGUGUCCUGUCUCUACAAGGAGUUGGGCUCCUUCCUGUUCGGCUGCUGCGUCGGCCAAUCCCUGACAAACGUAGCCAAGCUGAGCAUCGGCCGACUGCGGCCGCACUUCUUGUCGGUGUGCGGCGUCACCUACGUCUCACUCAACUGCACGCACGGAACCUAUUUGGAGUCUGUCAGAUGCAACAGUACUGACCACCGCUCUGUAGAGGAGGCCAGGAAGUCCUUCUUCUCUGGUCAUGCCUCCUUUGCGAUGUACACGCUGCUGUAUUUAGCUUUUUACCUUGAAGCGCGAUUGACAUGGCGCGAAGCCCGCCUGCUGAGACCCGUUCUGCAGUUCUUUCUUUUUCUGCUGGCCAUCUACACGGGUCUGACCCGCAUCACUGACAACAGACACCAUCCAUCGGAUGUCCUUGCCGGCUUCAUCCUUGGAGCACUCGCCGCAUACUGGGUGGCCUUCUACAUCUCUUCCAUGUUUAAGAGGCCCAUCUUGCAUCAAUCCCAAGAUGAGACCCAGAAUGACCACUUAUCAGCGCACCACAGCAUCUGCUAAAGCUCACCUCCACCAUCGCUCUCAGCGUGCCUCGGCAUCCGUCAGCAAGGAGCCUGUGGGGAUCUGAAGCGUGUGAGACUGUUUCCUGUGAAGUCAGACCACACACUUCUACCGUUUGGACAACAGUAUCAGUGAGUGGAGGGGCGAGUAGGGUGUGACAGAAAAGAGUACAUCAUAAAAGCGAGUAAUUUUGCCCUACAAGAGCAGUUUGAAAUCAUUGUGACAGUGCAUUGCUGUGUGUUACGAUGAAUACAGUACCGUCCAUUGUUGUCAUGGCAACAACAUCAUCUACAUUGUAGAUUUUGUCAUGGUUGACCAGACAGGACACCCCAUAUGGUCUGUUAGUGUUAACCCACUUCAGCACUGUCUGCAAUGCUUAGAAAAGUGUUGCUGUUCAUGACAUGAUCAAGACGAUGUUGAUUUGAAGACAUCAUGUUAUGACCGCCAGGUUGUUAGUAUUUAGCAGGUGCAUAAUAUCGGCUCGCUGCCUUUAGCUGCUGACGGUUUCAUAAUGCUGCCAGUUCCCGUUUAGCACAUUGGAUAACAAAGUACACUUCACAGCUGAACUAGAAGCAACACCAUUUUUCCAUUUCAUUGGUGAAGUCGUGUGCACCCAACCUUGUGACUCAGUUAUGAUGAAUGCGUCAGUGAUCAACAGCUGCAUGUGAAGUAUAUGCAAUUUUUUGAUCUGAAACGGCACUUAAUCUGAUUGUAACCACAAUGAAAACGUUCAUCCAUCCAUCCAUUAUCCAAUCCGCUCAACCUCACGAGGGUUGCUGGAGCUAGUCCCAGCUGUCUUUGGCCAAUUGGCGGGGUACAGCCUACACUGGUUGCCAACCAAUCGCAGGACACAUAGAGACGAACAACCAUUCACACUCACAAUCACACCUACGGACAAUUUCGAGUGAUAAAUAGCCUACCGCGCAUGUUUUUGGAAUGUGGGAGGAAACCGGAGUACCCGGAGAAAACCCACGCAGGCACGGGGAGAACAUGCAAAGGAUGUGGUAUCUAAGUUCCCAGACAACAUAACAGAUUGAGAGUUCACAAAUAAUUGGUUUUUAUUUUUGGUUGACAUCUUUUAAAUGCAUUAUAUGUUUUUUGCUGAAUAAAUGUCUACUACAUUUACUGUUUUUCCAAGAAGUGAAUAAAUGAAUGUUGAUUAUU